AUGGGCCGUACGGUGGAAACAUUAAUCCGUGAAUUAUUCAUUAACUUAACUUGCGAUGGCAGGACUCCCUCGCAACUCCUUCGUUUUAUGAAAAGUCGACUCGGUAAAAACACUAUGGCUGACUCGAUUUUAAAAUGUCUGUGGCUGGAUCGCCUCCCCACCACCAUUACCCAAAUUUUGGCGCCUAUGUCUGAGAACACCCCGAUCGAUCAGUUAGCGAACGCCGCUGAUCGUAUUUUCUCUCAACUGGAUCACCAAACAACGCCAGAGUCGACCACGCUCGUCCAGUCGGAACAAGGAUGUCCCUUCUACUAUGUGUUAUUACCACCGCAGAUUUGGGUCUGCAGCACAUUACUGCACCAAGCCGUGCACCUAUACUGCGGUCGCGGAAAACGAGACCGCCAGCGAGUGAAAGCGACUGACCUCGCUGGCAAGGCAUCUUCCCCGAAGCUUAGUCGCCUUUUCUACGUGACAGAUGCACGUAAUAAUUUACGUUUUUUGGUUGACACCGGCGCUGCCAUCAGUGUACUACCUGUUCGUGAUAAAGCACCUCAACAACCUUUUAAGCUCCGCUUACAAGCAGCAAAUGGUUCCAGCAUUAAUACUUACGGUACGAUGUCCCUUACCCUAAACACAGGAAUGCGACGAGACUUUACCUGGAAUUUUACUUUUGCAGACGUCCAGAUGCCGAUAUUAGCUGUGACCCCACCCCCAGUUUCUUCCUCUUUUAUUCAAGACUUGCGCCUUAAAAUAGCAAACUUAUGUUAUACACCACCGCGGCACGGCCCGAAUGAUAUAUAUUUACCGCACCAGCUCCAAAACUGCGAGUUUGUGUUUGUUCGUAACGACGCUGUUAAGCGGCUUCUUACGCCGGCCUACAUAGGCCCAUACCGCGUUCUUAGACGCGCGGAUAAAUAUUUCCAAAUACAAAAAGGUCACCCUUACGCUCAUUCUUCUCUCUCUCCAGACACAUAUAAUUCUCUCUCUCUUUCUCUUUCUCCCUACGUUCUUUUCUCUUUCCCGACACGCAUACACUUCUCUCCCCCAAACUACACUCUUCUCACUCUCCGAACGACACCCGUUCUCUCCGAAACACAAUAUUCUCUCUCUCUCCCCAGGCACACAUACUGUUAUUCCACUGUCAAUCCAUACAAUUGCUAUCUAUCUAUCUAUCUAUCUAUCUAUCUAUCUAUCUAUCUAUCUAUCUAUCUAUCUGUCUUUUUGUCUAUCAAAUGGAAAACCGAACUAAAUUAUCGCACUUUCUGUUGCUCACGGUAUCUUCCCAUUACACGCUUCAGUGCCUUUACCAGCUUAUUCCCCUCUAACUCCUUUCCCCUUUAUUCCCAUUGCUCUCCCUCUAUACCACUUUAUCCCUCUCUUUCUCACACACUCUAUCUAGCGAGUUAUCCCCCUAACUCUCUCGGGUUGAAUCCCCUCUCGCUCUCGCUCUCUAGCGUUUUAUAUCCCUCUCUCUCUCUCUCUCUCUCUCUCUCUCUCUCUCUCUCUCUCUCUCUCUGUAGUGCUUUAUUUCCCCUUUCUCUUUAUAGCGCAUCAUCUCCUUCGCUUUCACUAUCUCUAGUGCUUUAUUGCCCCUUUCUCUCUAGCAAUAUUGUUCUCCUGGCGUUCUCGCGUUUUAUUCCCCCACUUUCCCUCGGACUUUAUCCCACCUCCUCUCUCUAUAUAGCACUUUAG